AUGCAAGGGAUUCCAGAAAAGAGGAAGGAGAGAGACGAGCUGCUCGGGGAAGGUCCUCUAAGCAAACAACACUGGCGCAAAGGUGGGGGCAAGGGACGUGGUCACGAAACCCCCAACCUGACCUACCUGAUCAAAGCACUGGCCAGACUAGCGCUGCAACAGGAGAUGGCGCUCAAGAUCCUACGCCAGGACUACAGCUGGGUGCUCUUCAUUCAGCCGGGCAGUCAGGGGCCGCUUCCUCUCCUCUUUGCAGCGGCACAAAAAUGGAAGAAGUCUCAGGGAGGGAACAACGACCAGCGCCCUACGCACCACCCUAUUCGGAUGUCUGAUCACGAUGCUGCGUGCGAGCCUGAAGGACAUAGAGGAGGAGCGACGCCGACACCCUUCCAGAAGAAAGCGGAGGAAAACAAGUGGCUACAGGAAGGCCACUGGUGCUAUCAGAAGUGGUCACCAGCGUUGGGGAGCCUAGUGGUCGACGAGGGGAGGAGGGACACGCUCAAGCAGUCACCGGCUGCCGCGCUUGUCCAACAGACGCUGGUUGCGGACAUCCUCAAGUAUGGUGCUCAGCGUAAGCCCAUUCACGUUCAUGCACUGAGCUCCUGGCGGCCCUUGCUGUGCAAUUGGGCUAACCUACACCAACAACAAGAUGCUUGUGAGUUCCUUGAACACCUCCUAGGAGCUGGACGACCCCAAGUUCUCCAAGGCAAGUGGGAAUCACGCAUUGUUAGUGAGGUAGAGGGAACAGAGACCAGAGGACAACACAACACACAGAGGUCCAUCACCCUUGACCUGCCGGACCCUUAUGCCACCACUACCCUCCAAGCACUUGUUGACCACUGGCGCACCGGCGGCACGCACGUACAAGCUUGCACGCAUCCUCCCCGCAUUCUGCUCCUGCGCAUCUCGCGCUUCUUGGACAUAGACGCUGGCGAGACGGUCAAAUUGCACACCAGGGUCGCCAUUCCCACUGCAGUCCUGAUCCCGUGCUACUGUGACCCACAUAAGGGAGCUACUGGCUUCAAGCCAACACAGCAUGAACACGAGGUAAGGAUCCCGUACUCACUGGAGAUCGAUGACAAACUUCCCGAUGACAUGCCAUACCCGAGGCACAUAGCUGAACAAAUCGCGGCUGAAAUGAUUGCCUGUGGCCAGGUGCGCAUGAGUGCAUGGGAGCUACUCUGUGAUAGUCUGCCUCGGGGCGACCUGCGCAGUGAGGCGCAUGCUGACCUACCUGGCAGUAUGUGCUUUAUGAGUGGAGCCUACUCACAGGGCCCGCUGCAUGGACUCCGGCGCAACACCUCGAAGUUCCCAUGGGUUACCCUAAUGGUGUGUAAGUACAUCCGCUCCUGCACCCGGGUGCCCUUCACUAGCUUCGUGCUACAGCGUAAUACGUUCUUGCAUGCACAUAGAGACAUGAACAACGCCGCACAAAGUGUCAAUGCUGUGCUACCCUGCUCGGCCUUUACAGGCGGAGGGGUAUGGGUACAUAAUCCGGAAGGCAACUAUACGUGUAUGGAUGGUACCAUGCGGGGCACUGUGCUGAAUCUCACGCUGCCGGGCGUCACUUUUGACCCUCAACAAUGGCACGAAACCCGCCCCUGGACAGGAGAUCGCAUCACGAUUGCAAUCUUCACGGUCAGGGCAGUGGAUGAGCUCAUCCCUGCACUGCACCACCUGUACCACAUGCAACAAACCUUGACAGUGAGUGAGAGGCUAGUGGGCCAUUUUUGGCCACUCUAG